CAUUUUUGGUACUGAAUUAUAUCGUAUCUUAUACAUUAAUUAUACUGUAUUACUGUUGUUCAGUUUUGCUUAAUAUAUGUGAAUUAUUUUCAUAAUAUCUAGCCAAUCAGAGUCACUAAGAGCUGAACACGCCAUCUAUUUUGGUCGCCGAACACCCCAAAGACCCCCAAAGUGGCAUCCAUCUUGGUUGGGUUUGGGCAACGUGGAAUGGACCGUGCCGAAGAAAAUAUUGAGUAGUCAAGUUAAUUGUUUUACGGUAACUUGCGUAUAGUAUUUUCUAUAAACAGUCUGGAGUCGUGGGCAUCUUCGAUGCAGGGUCAGCAAGUGCAGCAGCAAGCCCAGCAUCAGCAGAUUACAGGAGCCAAUGUCAUUCUGAAAAUGAGUGAUAUUCAGCAGCUCUCCACAGUCGGGCUUUUGGAAUUAGCUCAUCGUGAAUAUCAGGCAGGUGACUAUGAAAAUGCUGAGCGCCAUUGCAUGCAGUUAUGGCGCCAGGAAUCAAAUAAUACUGGAGUUUUGCUGCUGCUUUCUUCCAUACACUUUCAGUGCCGUCGACUUGACAAGUCUGCACACUUCAGCACACUGGCCAUCAAACAGAAUCCACUACUGGCAGAAGCAUAUAGCAACCUCGGGAACGUUUACAAAGAGCGUGGACAGUUACAGGAAGCUUUGGAGAAUUACCGCCAUGCUGUACGACUGAAACCAGAUUUUAUAGAUGGUUACAUCAAUCUGGCUGCUGCAUUGGUGGCUGCUGGGGAUAUGGAACAGGCAGUUCAGGCCUAUGUUACAGCUUUGCAGUACAACCCGGACCUGUACUGUGUGAGAAGUGAUUUGGGAAAUCUUCUCAAAGCAUUGGGUCGACUUGAUGAGGCUAAGGCAUGCUACCUGAAAGCCAUUGAAACUCGUCCUGACUUUGCUGUUGCGUGGAGCAAUCUGGGUUGUGUCUUCAAUGCUCAAGGCGAGAUCUGGUUGGCCAUACAUCACUUUGAAAAAGCUGUUGCUCUGGAUCCCAACUUCUUGGAUGCAUACAUCAAUCUAGGGAAUGUACUGAAAGAAGCGCGAAUAUUUGACCGAGCGGUAGCAGCCUACCUGCGGGCACUCAACCUCAGCCCCAACAAUGCUGUCGUGCAUGGAAACCUGGCCUGUGUCUACUAUGAACAAGGACUUAUUGACUUGGCUAUUGACACGUACCGUCGUGCCAUUGAGCUCCAGCCCAACUUCCCAGAUGCAUACUGCAAUUUGGCAAAUGCUCUCAAGGAAAAGGGUCAGGUGGUCGAAGCAGAGGAGUGCUACAACACUGCCUUGCGGCUGUGCCCCACACAUGCAGAUUCUCUCAACAAUCUGGCCAACAUUAAGCGAGAGCAGGGCUACAUUGAAGAAGCAACUCGUCUCUAUCUCAAGGCCCUGGAGGUUUUCCCUGAGUUUGCUGCAGCACAUUCAAAUCUGGCAUCUGUACUCCAGCAGCAGGGCAAGCUCAAUGAAGCUCUUAUGCACUACAAGGAAGCCAUCAGGAUCCAGCCAACAUUUGCAGAUGCCUAUAGCAACAUGGGCAAUACUCUUAAGGAAAUGCAGGACAUCCAGGGAGCUCUCCAGUGCUACACUAGAGCCAUCCAAAUCAACCCAGCAUUUGCUGAUGCUCACAGCAACUUAGCUUCAAUACAUAAGGACUCUGGCAACAUCCCAGAAGCAAUCCAGUCGUACCGCACAGCACUCAAGCUCAAGCCAGAUUUCCCAGAUGCAUACUGCAACUUGGCCCACUGCCUCCAAAUUGUAUGUGACUGGACAGAUUAUGAGGCACGCAUGAAGAAACUAGUCAGCAUUGUAGCUGAGCAGCUAGACAAAAAUCGGUUGCCUUCAGUGCACCCACAUCAUUCCAUGUUGUACCCACUCUCCCAUGAAUUCAGAAAAGCCAUUGCUGCCAGACAUGCUAAUCUAUGUCUGGAGAAGAUACAUGUGCUGCACAAACCUCCAUACAAGUAUCCGAAAGAACUGGCUGGUAGCCGCCUUCGCAUAGGUUAUGUAUCUUCAGACUUUGGGAACCAUCCAACAUCACACCUAAUGCAGUCAAUCCCAGGUCUGCACGACAAAGCCAAAAUUGAAGUUUUCUGCUAUGCAUUAAGUCCAGAUGAUGGGACCACAUUCCGAGCCAAGAUUGCUAGGGAGGCUGAACAUUUUGUGGAUCUAUCCCAGAUUCCAUGCAAUGGCAAAGCAGCUGAUCGCAUCAAUGCUGAUGGAAUUCAUGUUCUUGUGAACAUGAAUGGCUAUACAAAGGGUGCCAGAAAUGAGAUUUUUGCUCUAAGACCAGCGCCAGUACAAGUCAUGUGGUUGGGUUAUCCUGGUACAAGUGGUGCCAGCUUCAUGGACUACCUCAUUACUGAUGUGGUGACAUCCCCCCUGGAGUUAGCAAGCCAGUAUAGUGAGAAGCUUGCAUACAUGCCGUAUACAUAUUUUAUUGGUGACCAUCGACAGAUGUUUCCACAUCUUAAGGAGAGGGUCAUUCUUACUGACAAGUCUGGUGCCAAGAAGGAAGUUCCUGACAAUGUGGCUGUGAUCAAUGCAACUGACCUGUCACCCAUCAUGGAGCACACCCAAGUGAAGGAGAUUAGGGAGUUGCUUGCUCCAGACAACAAGCUCAGUUCCCGACCUGUUGAGAUUUCUCUGAAAGUAGCAGAACUUCCCACCACCACACCCAUAGAGACAAUGAUUGCAUCUGGACAGAUCCAAACCUCAGUGAAUGGUGUGGUCCUUCAGAAUGGACUAGCAACAAAUCAAACAAAUAACAAAGCUGCAACAGGUGAAGAGGUCCCACAAAGCAUUGUCAUCACAACUCGCCAGCAGUAUGGCCUACCUGAUGAAGCUGUCGUGUACUGUAACUUCAAUCAGCUGUACAAGAUAGAUCCCCUCACACUGCAGAUGUGGGUCCAUAUACUGAAACAUGUUCCAAACUCUGUGCUGUGGCUGCUACGCUUCCCAGCAGUUGGAGAGCACAACCUGCAGGCAGCAGCCCAGCAGCUUGGCCUGCCACCAGGAAGGAUCCUGUUCAGCAAUGUGGCAGCUAAAGAGGAACAUGUGAGGCGAGGACAGUUGGCUGAUGUUUGUCUGGACACACCGCUGUGUAACGGACACACCACAAGCAUGGAUGUUCUGUGGACAGGCACUCCUGUAGUUACUCUUCCAGGAGAAACAUUGGCAUCUCGUGUUGCUGCUUCACAGUUGGCAACACUGGGUUGUCCUGAAUUGGUUGCUCGCACCCGCCAAGAGUACCAAGAUAUUGCAGUGCGUCUGGGCACUGACAGAGAAUACUUGAAGGCCGCACGUGCUAAAGUGUGGCGAGCCCGGACAGAGAGCCCCUUGUUUGACUGCUUGCAGUAUGCUCAGGGCAUGGAGAAACUAUACAAGCAGAUGUGGGAGCGACAUUUCCAUGGGGAAAAACCUGACCAUAUUGUGGACAAAUAGGCCCUUUAGGCACUGAACAUGCUGCGUCUGGAAGUUCUCUCACCCCAAUAAUUCAGACCUGUAGUACUGUUUUAGUAGAAGAUAAUUCAAUGUUAAUUUUUUUUUUUUUGUUUCAUGUUGUUCAUUUAAAAUAGGUUCAUUUGUAACAGUCUUGACCAAACAGGUUAAAGUAUGUUAUAUCCCAUUGUAUGCUUCCAGACAUGAGACCUCAUGCAAGUAAACUUACCUUGCAUUUCACUUAAAUAUUCUGUGUGGGGUUUUGUAUCACUACUAAAUUUGGGUUCUGGUUUACUGUACAUUUUUCCAGUAUUCAAAAUUAACAGUGUUAAGCUAUUGGAAUAAAAAGGAAUCAUCCAUGCACCUCCCACAGAAAUGAAAUGUUGGUUUUCUUUUUAUUUAGUUGUAAGUUUUAAAUUAUUUUCAGUAAUUAGAAGACCGAUGUUCCUCAAUGAUGGAAUUGGCCCCAUAUUGAGCAUUGUGUAAUAAGUAUUUGAUAGCCAGUAACCUAAAUUUCAAUAUAUUAAAAACUCUUACAUUUAUUAUUCAAAGUUGUGACCUCAAAACAGUUUGAUAUGUGAAACAAAAUGCAUCAUUUGAGGUUCUGAAAUGUGACAAAGAGCUGACAUCUGGAAUCUACCAUUAUAGAUACUGAUAGCAUUAAUGUUUGAGAGGAACGGGAAGAGAUGUGCUGUAUAGUUUGGAAGGCUCUAUGUGACUGAUCUGAUUUGUUUCUUGCCCACCAUCCCCAUGCCACUGAAUAUCUGUCAUGAAUGUUCCUGGGGGUUAAGUGCAGCCGGCAUGUAAGGCUGACAGCCUCACUGCCAUCUGUGAACCAAUUGUGUAGAAAAUGUGAGAACCUUGUGGACGUCCAUGGCCUCUUGCAAGGAUAACUUUACCCCCCUCCCCCCAUUUCCUACCAGUUGCUGGUUUACAGCUGUGACUGAGCAUUGGUGUACAAAUGUUAAAAUUCUGUGUUAAAAGUGGGUAAAAAAUAUAUUCAUCCUACAAUACUAUUCAAAAUGGGUAUGAAGAGGAAGAGAGCGGUUUUGGAACACAUCUGCAGCAAGAUCUUUGAUAUUAGUAUUAUAAUGAGAUACAUUUCAUUGUAACUAUCAUUUGUGAGACACUAAAAAUUAAAUAUUUCCUGUGUUAAUUGCA